CCACCUCCACCAUCACCAUCGCCCCUGACUGGAACGGACAGAUGUGGCACGGCUGGGGCACCUCGUUGGCAUGGUUCGCCAACUACAUAGGCAAGCUGCCAGAGGACCAGUUCACGCUCAUCAUAGAUCUCCUUUUCGACAAGGCCAAGGGUGUCGGGCUCAACCUCGCCCGCUACACCAUAGGCGGCAGCGCCAACUACACCAACAGCCCCCAGUUCCUCAAUCCUGCCUGGGAAACCCGCAUUCUUCCCGGCUUCCGCGUCCAGCCAAACGGCCCCUACGACUGGACGGCGGACUGGCGGCUGAGAAAGACGAUGCUCGCCGCCCUGGCGCGGAAUGUGGACGAGGUUGAGGCGAUCUCGGGCUCGCCGCCCUGGUGGAUGACGGUCAGCGGGGACACCGCUGGGGCGGAACAGUACAAGUGCAACUUAAAGCCCGAGUAUUUUCAGGCGUACACGGAGUAUCAAGCGUCGGUGAUCGAGCACUACCGCACGCACUGGAACGUGACUUUCUCGACCAUGAAUCCGGCGAAUGAGGCGCUGGAGGGGUGGUGGAUUCAGGGGGCCAAGGGCGAGGGGUGCAACUUCAAUCCGCAGGAAAUGAGCACGCUUAUUCAGCUUCUCACCGCGACCCUCAAAAAGCGCAAGCUGCCGACGAAAGUUGCGGGGUUUGACAGUUUCGUUGGUGCGACUCUCCGGUAUGCCUACAAGUUCCCGGCUGCGGUGAAAGCCGGUCUGUUCCGGUUCAACGUGCACGGGUACAUCCCGCCGCCGCCCAACACAACAGAUACGCGGCAGUACAUGGAAGGGGUGAUGGUGGGAAUGCACCGCAUGGCGACCGGGCUGGGCAAGGAGGUGUGGAUGUCGGAGGUCGGACCGAUGUGGGUGACCGGGAAUGAUGUCGGCGUGAUGCUGUUCACAGCGCGGCAGAUAGUGCAGGCUGUGAACAUCAUGGGGGCUUCCGCUUGGACCUUCUGGCAGGCGGUGAGCGCGAUAGUGGGGACCAACCCUGAUUACUUCCUGAAGUGGGGGCUGUUGGCGAUCAGGCACUACCGGUUGAACGACACGGAAGUCAAGCCGUUGGAUCUGGUGAUCUCCAAGAAGCUCUACAUGCUGCAGCAGUUUGUGCGCGGGGCGCCGAGGGGAAGCCUGCCCCUUCGAAUCGACACAUCGGAUGGGUGCCAUCACUGCAUUGCGGCCUUCUUCCAACCCGACCAGCACUUUGUGUCGAUUUUCAUUGUGAACCAGCGCAACACCACGCUCUCUGCCACGAUCCAAUUCGAGGAUUUCGUGCUGUUUGACACGGCGCAGGAAUGUGUGCUGGAGACCUAUCGCACGUCAGCCACGGAGAACAACACGCUGGUGGCGACUCAGAGUUACACCGACGUGCCUGCUUCGAUACAGGUGGCAGCGCUUGGGAGCUCGAUGACGUCCGUGGUGCUGCGCAAUGUGGACCCCGCGUAG